ACGGCCGAGAGAAGAGAAGAGAAGAGGUUGAAGAACGUAAAGCUGCUGGCUAGAGUUAGCGUGGUGGAUGAGAGGACGUGCAUUGGACCGGCGGGGAAUGCUACGGCUUUUGAUCCAGCAAAAAUGGCUGAAUCCGCAAUUGAUACUUAUAUACUAUGGCUCAUCUGGAUCACACUGGGCCUUCUCCUUAUCUGCGUAGCAGGCUGCGUGGCGACCGGCGCGGGCGUCGCCAAGCGCGUGCUGCGUGCGCUGCGCCCCGCGCCCGUAGCUGGGUGCCCACCGACACACGGAUGGGGAAACAGUGAGUUUCCACUAAGGAGAGGACAGAUGGAAGAGAGUCCGCUUUACGUUAUGAAAGAUGUACAAGUCGACGAAUGGGAAGUGUCCCGCUCGCGUGUCCAUCUGGGCGCUCUGAUAGGAAGCGGGGCCUUCGGGCGUGUCCACGUCGCUCAGCUAGCUGCCAAGGGUGGGGAGACCAUCACUGUAGCAGUCAAGAUGCUCACAGAAAACGCAUCAGACGAAGAAACUCAAGACUUCCUCCGCGAAAUCGAAAUGCUUAAACACGUCGGCUACCACAAGCACGUCAUCCGUCUGGUCGCGUGCUGUACCAAGCAGACGCCGCUCCUCGCGCUGCUCGAACACGCGCCCAGAGGAGACCUGCUCAGUCUGCUGCGGGCGGCGAGAGGGAGGAGAAACGAACCGAAGGAGAGGCAGCUGUCAGCCGGCGAAUGGAGGAAGGAAGAUGAACCUAUGCUUAAACACGUCGGCUACCACAAGCACGUCAUCCGUCUGGUCGCGUGCUGUACCAAGCAGACGCCGCUCCUCGCGCUGCUCGAACACGCGCCCAGAGGAGACCUGCUCAGUCUGCUGCGGGCGGCGAGAGGGAGGAGUAACGAACCGAAGGAGAGGCAGCUAUCAGCGGGCGAAUCGGACUACACCAACAUAAGUGACUCCGACCCGCCCCUGGAGAAGACAGUCUUCUGUGGGGAACCACGCCAAAGGCACUACGUGGCCGAGCCAGCCCUGCAUCUAGACAGCGCGACGAUGCGCGACUACGCGCUGCAAGUCGCGCUGGGCAUGCAGCAUCUAGAGGAGCGAGGGAUCACGCACAGUUCGAAUACGGCAGUUAGUAUUAGACAGUAUCAAGUAGAUAUCGUAGCACAUCUGCGCUACGUGGCCGAACCAGCCCUGCAUCUAGACAGCGCGACUAUGCGCGACUACGCGCUGCAAGUCGCGCUGCAGCAUCUAGAGGAGCGAGGGAUCACGCACAGUAUUAGACAGUAUGAAGUAGAUAUCGUAGCACAUCUGCGCUUCGUGGCCGAACCAGCCCUGCAUCUAGACAGCGCGACUAUGCGCGACUACGCGCUGCAAGUCGCGCUGGGCAUGCAGCAUCUAGAGGAGCGCGGGAUCACGCACAGGGACCUCGCAGCCCGGAACAUUCUGGUUGACGGAGCAGGGACCCUCAAAGUGGCCGACUUUGGACUGUCACGUUCUGGGGUGUACGUUCACACCAGGGCGCGACCAGUGCCGCUGAGAUGGCUGGCACCAGAAGCCAUUCUACACGCUCAAUACUGCAGCGCGAGCGACGUUUGGGCGUUUGCUGUGUUACUAUGGGAGAUUGCUACUUUAGGCGGCUUCCCAUACGCAGAGCUAAGCAACCACCAAGUCCCGCCCUUCCUCGCAGCGGGCAGCCGCCUCCCGAAGCCGGCGCGCGCCUCCCCGCGCCUCUACCAGCUCAUGGUGCAAUGUUGGGCGACCUCUCCCGCCAAGCGGCCCAGCUUCGCCCAGAUCGUCCACCAACUGGACGAGCAGAAACAACUGUACGUGGACUUGUCGGACUUGGACUUGGACCCGCCGCCGGACGACGAAAGCGAUUACGACUUUGAAUGCGAGAGGUGACGGGUGUAAAG